AUGAACUCAGCCGACGACGAACUGUGCGCGACGGAGACAAAGUCAUCGACUGGCCCGACAGGGACCACGAAGCGCCAACAUGACGACCUCGACGGGACUGAUGAUACUGAGACCAAUCGAGCCCGCAAGCGGCAGCGAUUGCAUGAUGAUAUCAUCAGCGAAGUGGUCCAAGAGCUGGAGAACCUUGAUGAACAAGCUUUCAUCGUGGAGCCACAUCACGACAUCAACGAGCCGAAUACCUCUAGCCAUCAACCUGCUAUUGUUAGCGACGAGACGGAGAACGCUAUCACACACAAGCUACGAGUGGAUAACGAUCCCGAGCCAAAGGAAGAUACCCCCAAAAGCAAAAGCCACGAUGAAGAAGGGAACCCUACCGUUGAACUUCCAGACCUAACCACCGAUCAUACAAACCAAGCAGAGCAGAAGAAUACAGGUGAUUGGGAGGACCGGGACUGGACAACCCUGACAAUCGAGGAGUUAUUCUCCAACCCCGAUUGGGACUACAUGCUAGAUCCCUUGUUCGAACCACAACCUUUUGAGCCGACGCAAUGGUUCGCUGACGACGAUCCGGUGCUAUGCCCGACAACUCCUUACCCCUUACCCCCUGACUCAGACGCGGCGAUCGCAGGACUUGAGACAAAUGAUACCGAGUGCGUGGGGAUCUUCGACGAACAUUUUUUCAGCCCAGAUAUGACUUCUUCGUCUUGGCUCACGAGUGGCCGCAACAGCCUAGAAAGCCAAACAACGGAAUUAACUGCUUUAUCAUCUCCUGUAUGUGUGGUUUCCAUUGUCGAGAGCCAUCAAUCUCCGUCUUCUGAGGAGAUAUCCCUCCAGAAAAGCUACUCUAAUGCCAUCUUUGUGCCGGAGCUCUGGCAGUCAACGGCGGCAUACGACAACGUGGGGACUGGUGAGUUUCAAGAUGAUGGACCAGCAAGCAACUUCCCGCUUCAGGAACCCAAGCCUUCUGUUGCUCGGGACGACGACGAAAUCCAAGUCAAGGAAUAG